AUGGAAAAUCCUGUUGUUGUGUACAAAGAUGUCGAGAAAUUCAGCUUCAACGCCGCAGACAUUAUCCUCUACGUGCAACAAGACAACCCAGAGGAUCAUACCACGGUGAAUUACUUGUUCCGUGUCCACAAGGCAAUUUUAUCCCUUCAUUCACCUGCAUUCGGGAGCAUGUUUCUGGUACCCAUACCGCCUGUUGGCAGCCAUUCCCAGAAAAUACAUGACGGCCUCUUAAUGUUUCGCAUGUUCGACGAGCUAAAGGAUGUGACAGACCUUCUUCAAACAUUUUAUUACCCCUGUUCAUCCGCUAUAAUCAUUCCCCCACGCGCUUCUGAUACACCCAUCAGACUAAGGGGUCUCCUUAACAUUGCUCAGAAAUACCAGGUCAACCAGCUUUACGAGCACAUUGUGACGUCCAUCAAGGCAGAUUGGCCGCAGACACUCCCGAGAUGGGAUUUUCUGGACGACAUCGAUUCACAAAGGAUAUUCGAGCCCAAGACAACCCUGCCGUGGGACCCGGAACUCGAUGACGAACAGAAAAUGUCAGAGCCUGCCGCAGCGAUUCGCAUCGCCCGCGAGUUUGACAUUCCAGAAAUUCUGCCCGCUGCGUUUUACCACCUUGCCCGCAUCAAAAUAUCAUGCGAGUAUGAUGAAGUCCGCCAGAAACGCUGUCCUAAUAGUGAGCACGCUGCUCGUUGGGGCAUGCUCACGCGGGAGGACAUGAACUGUCUCAUGCAUGGCAAGGAGGAAAUAGAAAGCAUCAUGAAAAAUUUUGUCGACGAGACGAUCUUCAGGUGUUGCCACAUCUGCGAACAUACAUUGGAUGAAGUGUGUUAUAUGAUGAACUAUGCCCGCGAUCCUUUGAAGGUGCUGAUGCGCUUUAUUGGACGAUAUGAGUUGUGUGAGGCUUGCCGCGAGUCUUUGACGACUCGCGCGAUAAUACAAAGGGAAGAUAUUUGGUCUAAAUUACCAGAGAUAUUCCAUUUGCCUGUGGUACCACCGUGGUGCACUGGCCGUUGAUUUACACCUGAUGCUGUGGUCCUGAAGGAUCUAGUGUGACUGGGGUCGAAGCUGGUGCGACUAUAAUACGGUACCACUUCCAUGGCUGCGGUCCUGCAGAAUGAAAAGCUGUGACACAUUGACCUCUCAACGUUGCUAGAUCACGUUCCAAAAACAGAGACAAAAACUCACCGACAAUGAAG